CCCCUGACCGCCCGCGUGCUGGUGCUGACAGACAGUGAGCUCAGAGGAGCCUCGCGACCAAGCUCAACUCUCCACCAACGGUUACCAGUUAACGGUUAACGGUUACCGCAGCAACCAGCUCACUAACCAGCUGGAUUGAAACCAACGGACACAUUUAAAAACCUUCUGGAGCUAACGGCUGACGGCGGGUCUUAUCAGGGUGAUUGUCAGUAAAGAGGUCCUAUGAUGGAGGAGCUUCACGACGUCCAGCUGACUGAGAUCAAACCACUCCUGACAGGACAGAAUGGGAGAAAUCUCCAGGACUUUGACUGUCAGGAGCAUGAUGUGGAGACGGCCCAUGGUGUGCUGCACGUCACCAUGAGGGGCGUUGCUAAGGGCAACCGACCCACAAUCCUCACCUACCAUGACAUCGGACUCAACCAUAAGUCUUGUUUUAACAGCCUGUUUAACUACGAGGACAUGCAGGAAGUGACUCAGCAUUUCUCAGUUCUGCAUGUUGAUGCUCCAGGACAGCAGGAGAACGCUCCGGUGUUCCCAACCGGGUACCAGUACCCCACCAUGGAUGAGCUGGCUGAGAUGCUGCCGUCUGUCCUGACACAGCUUCAGGUGAAGAGUGUGAUUGGUAUCGGCGUUGGAGCUGGAGCCUGCAUCCUCACCAAACUGGCUCUGAAUGAGCCCACUCUGGUGGAGAGUUUAGUUCUGAUCAACAUUGACCCCUGUGCCAAGGGCUGGAUGGACUGGGCUGCCUCUAAGCUGAGCGGCUGGACGAGCAACCUGGUCGACAUGAUCAUGGGGCACCACUUCAGCCCUGACGAGCUAACAGACAAUUUGGAGAUCAUCCAGACGUACAGACUCCACAUCUCUCAGGAUAUACCGCAGGACAACUUGGCCAUGUUCUACAACAGCUACGACAGUCGUACUGAGUUGCAGAUGGAGCGGCCGAUCCCUGGUCUGAAUGAAAACACAGUCACCACACUCAAGUGUCCCGCUCUGCUGGUGGUUGGAGAUACGUCGCCUGCUGUUGAUGUCGUGGUGGAGUGUAACUCCAGACUGAACCCCACCAAGACCACCCUGCUCAAGAUGGCAGACUGCGGAGGACUUCCUCAGGUGGUGCAGCCUGGAAAACUAGCAGAGGCCUUCAAGUAUUUUGUCCAGGGGAUGGGCUACAUCCCUCAUGUUGUAUUAAACCACCUGAGCAGCCAAUCAGUGCCCACAGCUGGUAUGACCCGGCUGGUUCGCUCCAGGACUCACUCGGCCUCCAGCGUCGGCUCCACGGACGGCGUACGGAGCCGCAGUACCACCAACACACUGCCAGAGGGCGCUAGCUCCACCACCUCCGGACUCACGGCAGAACGCACCAUCGAAAUGACUGCGUAGGACUGUUCCUGCUGUUUUCUCUCUCUUUACUCUUCUUCUUCUUCUUUUUCUUCCUCAGAUGCUGUUUGCACCUGGAACUUUCCUCUGUGUAGAACGAACAGUUCUACAUUGUAGUUGUUCUUCCCAAAGAAAAAGGUCACAUCUAACAUCAUAUAAAGUAGAGAAACACCCUUAAAUAUCUUUAGAUUUGACCGCUGUCAUAAACGGUCUGGUGUCGGCCAUGUUGGCUCUAUUACCCCUUGUUUUUUAGGAUGCUGAUGUCCGUUCGUACUUUCAUUCCCUCCUCCCUGGAGCCAUGCGGUCUGUCGUGGUGACGCUGUAGAUGUAACUGUACACAGAGUUCAGCUGGUUCAUAUUUACAUACAGUUGUGUUGUAUUUCUUCAGACUGGAUCAUUGUUUCUCUUUAGUUUGGUCCUGAUCCCCUUCUUUUUAUUAAUAUUAUAAUCAUUGUUUUAUUAUGACGUUAUGUUGUUGAUGGUGGUGGUGUUGCUAUGAAGCUCGUCUCUGAAACAAUUAACUCUUUUCAUACCCAUGAAAUUGCAGCAACUUUAAGGGAAUAUUUCAUCAAAUAAUGUGGGUGUACUUGGCCCAAAAAUAGUUUUAAUAUUGGUUAUGCCGCUGCUACGGAAACCAAGAGAGGAAAGUGAGAAAAAAAAUUAGAUUGAUCAAUUUUCUUAGUCUGAUCUAAAUAGUUUUCUCUCCUGUGUUUAUGACUUAAGGUGACAGGUGAAAAAAGGUUUUGCCAGGAUAAUUUUUCUGUUUGUUGUUUUGCCACCUGACGACAAAAAACGUUAUUUUCACCUGUUCUUAAGUCAUAAAGGAGAAAAAACUAUUUAGAUCAGUCUUAGAAAAUCAUGAUCAAAUUAUAUAUAUAUUUUUUUCUCACUUGUCUCUCAGGGCUUCCGUACACUCCUACCCUGGAAUGUCUGACAAAAGUUAAAAUAAUGAGUAAACAGGAAUUUGAUGGAAGACCUGAUGUAACAACAGCAAAAAAUAUCUAUAAAAACUCAAAUAUCAAACUACACAAAUGUAAAACAAUCUGACAAUUAGUGUAACCAAACUUCAAAACAGUGAAGCGAUCAUUCUGUUUUGAAUGAGAAACUUUCUACUCUGCUAUCGUUCUUUCAAACAGCUCAAAUAUCUCUUCACCAGCAACCUUUUCCUUCAGAUACAACUUGAGGAAAGGGCGACUGCUGCUCGUAGAUUAUUUCUGUGAACGUGCAGAUUUUUGUCUGGUAUUCCAGGCUUCAGAGGGUACGCACUUUAAGGAGAACUGUUGCUUUAUCCUCUAACCUCUUCCUCCGAUGGGGAUCCUGAAAGCGACCCGUCACCUUGUGUGUUCCUUCUCUGUUACUGUACAUGAUUUAGUUUCAGUCGAGCUGUGACUGAAGCCACCCCACUCUCUGUUCAUUAGGCCCGUCAACAGCAUGCUCGUUGUGGAGUUUUGGCAUGAAAACUGUACAGUGGUAUCAGUCUAGUGAGUAACUGAGAUGUUGUUCAGCUGUGAACCUGCCUCUCUACUCAGAGACGGGAAGAAAACACCUCCACAUCAAAAUAAUACACAAGUUUAAAACUUGAACUUCUUCCACAUUUUGUUGUUUUUGCAGUUUUUUUUAUCUCUGGACUGAAAGAUUCCAGCAGGGUUGUCGAUUGUUAUUAUACAGACUGAUGAGUCUGACUGUAAGCACUUGUUUGGCUUCAGUGACAUUGAUUUGAUGAAUUGCACUUUAACUGUCACUGUGUGUUGGAGAAGACGAUGACAGACGGUCAGUCAGAGCUGACAUCUGGCGGACAUGUUGCUCGUCCUGCUGAGGUGGUUACCAUAGUUUCAGGCAGUGAUACUAAAGUUGUCAUGCCCCCUGCUGGAGGACUGAAUAACAGAGCAGGAAAUAAAUCAUGGUAUUUGUUAGCAGACUUAUAUAUAUAUAUAUAUAUAUAUAUUACGGAGCCGGGGGAGGGGGGUAAUAUUCAGAGAAAAAAAUUCCGUGAGCAAAGUGGUAAACUCACAAAUUUACAAGAAAAAUAACUCAAAUCAGUAGGUGGUUUUCUUCGGAAUAGGCCCAAUUCAGAUAAUAUUCAAGUUUUUUCUCGUAAAUUUGAGAUUUUUUUUCUCGUAAAUUUACCACUUAAAUCUUAAAUCUUUCCUCGCAACUUGGAUUUCAUAAUCUCUUUGACAUUAGACUUUGAGAAUAGAUCAUAAUCUAAAGUUUUUUUCUCAUAAAUUUCUAAUUUUAGUCUUGAAAAUUCUGAGUUUUUCUUGGAAUAUUACCCGUCUCUUCGUAAUUUAUUUUUACUUUUUACCUACUUUUGGGAUUUCUGAAGCAAUCAAAGGUUUCCUGACAACCCCCUGGGAAAAAAAAACUUAAAACGUGUUCAUGCUGUAAACUUAACGAGGGGUUUUCUGAACGGUCGACCCACAAACUAACUCUGGUUCACACAAAGUCAAAUAUUUAUUCUAUAUAUACAUAUAUACACUAACUGUAACUCUGCCGUCUGUUACUGUUCUUAAUAUUUAUUACAACUAUUACUUUUGAGAUUUGUACUGAAGCAUUGGUAGCUGUUACUGAGUUUGUUGUUCCAUGACUUUUAAUGUAAACAAGGUUUGUAAUGAAAUAAAGCUCGUUAAUCCAAAA